AUGGCUUCGCUCGCGGGAAUCGUGCGACAGCUCGCGCAGCUAUCCGACCACGCCGCGGCGGUAUUCGAAAGCCUGUCGGCGGAAGUGGCGGACGUGGGGAGGCGGCGCGCGGCUAUUGUGACGCGCGUGGCGGAUGUUGAAGCGCGGUUAUCGCGGAUUGAGCUGCGCACGCUGCGGGACACGCAGCCUGUGCGGCUUGUGUAUGCGCCAGGGUCCACGUGGAGGUUUGGUGACGCCACACAUGGGCCAGUGCACGGGCAAGGGCGGAGUGGGCAUGGGCAUGAUAACAUAUUUCAGCCUGGCACGCGACCGGCGUUUCUGCAAUGGCAGUACGUGCAGGCGGGCCCGCAGCGUGCGGUGGGGCAUGCUGCGCUGCCUUGCUACGAGUGUGGUGCUUCGCGCAGAGAUGAUCCCUCCUCCAAACGAACCAACGCAGAGCGAGGGGUGCCAGGAUCAGCACUGGGGGGAGAGGAAACAAAAGCACUUACUCUGGGUGUGGCAGAAUGGAGCAGGGCAGGGAUCGGCAGGAGAGACGACACGAGUGAAGCUACUGGAAAGGCCAAGGGAGGGGCAGGUGGCAAGGAGGAGGGUGAGAAGGAGGAAGGAGAGGAGGGAGGUUGUAACCGAGGAUUGCUGACGCCUACCGCUCGUGAGCCUGCUACACAUGAGCCUUCCCCACAUGAGCCUUCCUUGCAUGAAAUUUCCCCACAAACGCCUGUUGCGCAUGAGUCUACACCGCAUGCAUAUGCACAUGCACAGGGCGAGGGUGACGAAUGGGGAGCAGACAAGAGUGAGGCGACGAGUGGGGGUAACCCGGUGACGGUAGGAGGAGUAGCGGCAUUGGCAACAGCAGCGGGAGAACCUAGUGAGACGUGUCAGAAUAUGAUGGUGGGAAGAGGAGCAGCAUUGGCAACGGCAGUGGGGGAAAUGAUGGUGCGGGUGGUGGGGGAGGAUAGUGAGGGUGGUGGAGGGGAGGGAGGGGAAGUGGGGGAGGGAGGGAAGGAAGUGAAAGGAGAGGAGGAGUGGGUGGGGCAGCAGAGGCGGCAUCAUAUGGAAGAGGAAGAAGAAGGUAGUGCUUCAAUGCAGAGGGAUGAUGCUUCAAGUACAGAUCUCGUGGUUGAGAACGGUUCUGCAGAAUGUGAGGGAACGGGCGACGAGGAAAUGAGCGAAGAAACGGGAGAUACGGAAGAGAGUUGGGACGAGGGAGCGAGGGAUGGGGAGGAGACGGUGGUGGUUGGGGGUGGAGGAGGGUUGCUGGGUGGGAGCUUCGGCGAGUGGCAGCAUGGGGAGGUGGGAGGCGGGCAGCGGGUUAUCGCCGCUGUUGUUCUCACGUGUGGCUUGCUUGUAGAUGGUGAUGGUGAUGAUGGCAUUGAUGCUGGCUUUGAUAAUGGAAGCCUGUAUGGCUCCAGAGACAACUGUUACACUGGUCAUCACGUUGAGAAGGGGGAACAGGUUGGGCACAUUGUAGAGUUCAGGCAGGGAGAGGAGGAGGGGGUGCUGUUGACCUGUGCACACCAUUCACAUGCGCUCCAGCAGGGAGUGGAAGAGAAGGAAUCUGGAGCAGCCGUCGUCGCUGCUGCUGCCGCUAUUCCAGCUGACUUCUCUCCUGCUGCUGCUGCUGCUGCUGCUGCUGCUGUUGGCAGUCCUGUGGACGCUGCUGCUGCUGGCAAGUCAAGUGCUGCUGCGGCAGGAGGUGGCCUCAUGAGGCGUCUGCAUGGACCCAAGCUGAGGCAGUUAAAGCCCUGGUUGCGCCCGGACAAGCUCCCGCUGCUCUCUCCCUCCAGCCCGCUCUCCCCACAGGCAGAUGAAGGCUGCAUAAGCCCGCCUCCCCUUGGUCUGCCAUUGCAAGCAGUGGAGGAAGAGCCCGUGCAUGCAUCGACUCGCAGCCGUAGCAACAGAGCCCAUGUAGGUGGUGCUGGGGUGGUGACAGGCAUCACCAUGUUCAGACUGUUCGCAAAGGGCAUGGGUGUGUUCACUCUUCGCCAAGAUUGGACUGUAACUGGGGGGCCCAAGAUGCCAAAGGUGCAUUGA